UAGAAACGGGACGAACUGAUAAUUGGGGGGCGAUUGUCUGGCGGAAGGAACUCGGGAUAGAGACCGAAGAGGGAACAUGGUCUGGAACAAAGAACAACGAGUCUCAAUGCGGUUAUUAGUACUCCACACUGCGAUACACUACAUGGAUUUGGAUAUCACCAAUUCACCACAGAAAUUGCAGAGAAAACAAGAGCUGUGACAAAGAUGUGCAAAUAGGUGCAAUAAGGGUUAUACCUGAAUAGGACAUCACCGCACUAGAAAAUGUGAGGUGUUUAUUCAUUUUAUAGGACAACUGGACUGAGGGCACACACUGUGUUUCUAUAGUUGCUCACAAGUAAAGAACAUGGAGUACUUCAGAAACAUGAUGCAAAAUGUUAAAUUGUGUUCUAUAACAUAUAAACCAUAUGAACUGGACGGAUAGUGGCAUGUCAAGUUAUCUAUGCAGAGCACAUAUGGAAGAAUUUAGCUCUAUGCAAGAAAAAGAAGCUAGAGUGCACAUGAGGAACCAUGUGUCUGUUCAGUUAAGGUAGGAGAUGGGUGUUAGAUCUUUUUAUAGAAUAUGGAUGCCUUCCAUGAGAACUCUUAAGUAUAUGUUCCUGGAAUUUUCUUUGGACAAACAUGAUUUGAGAACCUGUAUAAAAAGUUGCUGCAUAUGUGAUCACUCAACUCUGAUAGAGCUAGCAGAAGAAGGCUGUAAUAUUGAGAGUUCAUAAACACAAGUGUUGCGCCGUUGCUUGUGUUCAUUAUCUGUAGCUCUGGUUGCUGAUAAAUAAGGGAACAACAAUCCUGGAAUAUGCUACAAAUCUUGUUAUAAUGGACAUCAAGAUGAUCAGGGUUAUGGACUCUUCGCCAUAGAAACACAGUCAGACUCUUACUAGUUAUUAAAAUAAUAGGUGAAAGCUUGGUCAAGAAAUGAAGCAAUGAUGCUAAGUAACAGUUGCCAUAGGAUUCUGAUCCACUUUAAAGCUUCUGAAUAUAGGAUACCAAUAUCAAGUGAUUCUAUUCACAGUAUUUUGAUGUGUACUCCGGAUGUUACAUAAGGUAGUGUGAGUGUGAUUCCCUACUUUUGAUUCUCUAAAAGAAGGAACCUUUAAAAUCAUUUGGAUUCAGGUUGAGUGCCUGAUUUGCUCGAAGAACAUCCUACCUGAUGAAAGGACGCGAUGUUCAGGUCAUCACUGUGAAGUAACCUUGCAUAAGGUUUGUUCUGAAAAAAGUGAUGGAAGCUGCCCUCGACAUAUAUGUUUUUACUGCAAAAGGAGAACAACCUGGCACCGGCUGAAACAUGUAGUGCCUGAAUGUACACAAUGUAAGCUGGAUGAAAACAUAACGGCGGAGUCUGUUGAUCCUUCAAAGAUAGUGAUAAGUUGGAGUAUUUGGCCAUCAACGAGUGAGGUUGAUGCUAUGCUUCAUCCACCCUAUUGGUUGAUGCUAUGCUUCAUCCACCCUAUUUUGUGCUUCUCUGUCAGUUUCUUACAUAAACUGUAUCUUCAGUGCCUACAAAAAUAUAGCAGAGUGGAUAGUAGGGUUUUUAACUGGCAUCAUGGCAGUGUAUCCUAGAUAAUAGCGACUGAGUGUUUACAGCUUUCUAAUAGACAAGAGCUGAGAAUUACAAUAAAAACAUGGUCAGCUUAUUUAGUAUCGGGUUGAUAUGAUUGUUCAAUAUUGUCUGAUGAGGGAGUAUUAUAAAGCCUUAAGUGUAGUGAUGCACAGGGAUGCAAAUUUGAAUUAUCCGUUUUCCUUACCAUAACCCGCAGCCCCACGAUUCCCAAUUUGAAAUACAGACUGUUGAGCAGGUUGCGGGAAGCAAUAACCUUAUAUGCUCACGUACCAACAGUCUUUUACCAUAUCAAGCAUAUGUUCUUACUUCGUAUCACCAGUUUUGCACUCUCUUUGAAUUUUUAACUUCUAUUAGUGUAUCGACAACGGAGGGCCUCUUUGGAUAGGUUGGUCUGCAAACGGCAUCCUCGAAUAUGCAUUCCAAAUUAUUCUCUUUGUUGACUACGUUUCCUUAAAUCAUUAAAAGAAAAAAUAUUCAACAAUUUGUUCCAUAUCAUUUGCUUUAAUAUGGUUGAGUGGAUUUUAUUUGAUCUCUUUCUUUCUAUAGGCUUUGAUUAUUUCUGUUGUUGUUAAUGUUGCUGACGGUGUGAUAUGUGCUUCUUACAGGGUGCAGGUCCUGCAUAUGACAUUGAGGUGGUUAAUAGUUCCACUUCACAUUUGACUCUGUAUUGUUGAACACACAUAACUUAUCCAAUUUUGUUUCUCUGUCGUAUUGCCUUUGUAAAAAUGUGCUGUGGAUGCACUAUUAAUGGUUUUGUUCUUACAGUUUUUCUUUGAUCUGUGUUCAUUGUUGAGAUUGAUUCAUUUACAGGAAGCCUUCCGGCGAUUACCUCUCCCGUACAUUGAUCAAGAGUUCAAUAUUGAUUCUAUUAAGAAAGAGGAGUUGGAAAGUGUGACAAAACCACCUCCAUAUGUACAUUUGAAGCAUAAUGUAUAUUUCGUCAAGAAGAAAUGUGAUGGUGAUCCCAUUGAAGCUAAAUGCAGCGAUUGUGACCCUCCUCUGACCUGUCAAAUAAGAUGCUCGUGCAGGUCGGUGUCCAUUAGCUGCUCUCAGGCUUGCAAGUGCUCAAAAAAAUGCACUAACAGACCAUUUCGCAGAGAGAAAAAGAUCGGGGUUGUUAAGACAGAACAUUGUGGAUGGGGUGCCAUAGCAUUGGAAACCAUUGAGAAAGGUGAUUUUGUGAUAGAGUUUGUUGGAGAAGUUAUAGAUGGCGCGAGAUUUGAAGAGAGGCUUCAAGACAUGAAACGGCGUCGAGAUCAAAAUUUCUACAUGUGUAAAGUCAACAACAACUUUAUAAUAGAUGCGACAUUCAGAGGAAAUGAUUGUCGCUUUUUUAACCACAGCUGCAGACCUAACUGUCAGUUGGAUAAUUGGCAAGUUAAUGGCAAGACAAGGCUAGGUGUGUUUUCUUUACAGGGUAUACAGGUGGGUGAGCCAUUGACCUACAAUUACAGCUUCGAACAACAUUUUGGUCCACAGACGGAAUGUUUCUGUGGUGCUGAAAACUGCCGAGGGAAGCUGUGAUAGGUAAAAAGAAUGACUGUCCAAGAGGAGGUACAUAGCAGCUCUAACCGAGGGAAGCUGUGGCUCAAUGCAAAAGUACAUAGAAGGAACUGGAAUGUAUAGCGAAGAUUGAUUGAGCAGCGUACCCACUCUUCUUUCAAGUGUGCAGAUUUUACUCCGUAACAAGUGUGAAUAUAGCAGUAGUAGUAUAACACUCUUUAGCUAGUUCUUAUCACAAGUAGUGUAGUAAUUCAGUUUAGUCAUUCUGGAUUGCAAAGUUGAAUCUCUGCUUUUCUCCAUCAGAAAUGUAUACGCAGCAUUGUGGUUCAUGAUCCAUCUUUCAACGUUUAAAAGAUCACAGCGCCAAAGAUGAGGCGACGAAAAAUGGAGAACCAUUUGCACUGAAUAGCCAUUGUAUCACUGCAUCUUAUUACAGACUACACCAUUUACAGACAACUGUACAUACGCAGCGCAAUUGACCUUCGCCCGAUCUUUGGCUGAAAACUCAAACUACAACGACACAACAAGAUUAUCCGGAGCAGGAGAGCUCGCAGAACAACUAG